AUGAGAGGACUUUAACCACCCAAAGUUGAGUCAAUUGUUUAUAAUUAUUCAACUUAAAAAUAAAUGAGAUAGUAUCUUCUUAAAGUUAUCCCUUCAGCACAUUUUCCGUUGAAUCUCCUCUAACCAUAACACUUAUAGAUGGUAUAAAAGAAUUAGUAGGGAAAUUAAAAGAAUCAACCGAUCAUAAUAUUAUUGAUGUAUUAUUAAUUAUUUUAAUUUUAGAUUGAUUUUUCUUGAAGAUUAUUAAUUCAAAUUCCAUACGUUAUGCAACAUUUCUAAUCAAUUCCUGAUAUCAAGCCAUUAUUAUUUCAAUUUUUUAUCAAUAAAAAAAAACAUAUUUAACAGGUAUUUUAUCAAUUAAAUGAUAAAUAUGCAAAUUUAGAGUCGUGCCAAUUUUUAGAAUCUCUAAAGUAUCCAAAGCCAUUUGCACCACUCAGAGCGGACGAAUGCCAUCCUCAUUUCCAUGGGAUUAUAUGAAGGUCUGUAUCUAAGCUCGCAGUCAGUUCAUCAAGUAAUUGGCAGAGCUAGUCGAGCAAGAGUAAUUGGUCAAUCAUCCCUCUCAUGGCAAGAGUGGAUGUGCAUCCGCCUGACAGUUUUCUAGUAAACUUAAUAGAAUCAAUAGAUAUAGGUCUGUUGACUGGACUCCAGUGCUCCUAGUUUUGGGUUUAACUUUAAUAGAAUGGAAAACGAUUCUAGUUUUUUGGCUAAACCAAAUACUUAAUUAGUCAUGA